AUGAAUUCUACAACAGAUGUGAUAUUGCGCAGCGCACAAAACUACAAGAUCGUUGCCGCAAUAUCUGUCUUUUUCGCUCUCCUUGCUGUCCUUAUUUCCAUUUUGAUUAUAACCAUUGUCUUAGCGACAAAACACCUACACACUACGACGCAUCUAUUGAUAUGCAACACAUCUCUCGCAUCCAUACUAUAUUGCAUUGUGCAGUGUAAUAACUAUAGCUAUGUUCUAUUUUUCACAUGGGACAAAAGUGAUCAAUCAUGUCGUUGGCGUGGCUAUUUCGGAUAUCUAGCGAUGAUCGCUUGUGUUUAUUGUUACUUAUUACAAGUCUUAUCAAGAUUUAUCUACAUUAUUUUCUCCAGUGAUCACCGAAGGUUGAGUUCAUUGAAAAUACACUGGUGUGCAAUUGGUAUUGUGUGGAUUGUGAUCUUCGCUCUUCCACUUCCAGCUCUUCUCACCAACGAUAUUUAUUUUCGUGAAGGUUUUCUUUGUUGGGUACCGAAGAGAGCAAUGCUACACACGAUCUACAUUGUCAUUGCAUAUUACACACUGCCAACAGUACUGAUUAUUGUGAUCUACGUCAUAGUUAAUGUUCGAAUGCAUUCUACUAGCAAUGAAGCAUCGGCGAUAGGUCGAAGAACGCGAAGAGUUCGUCAUUUGGAGAUCUUUCGUAACAUAAUGAUAUCAUUUAGUAUUUAUUUUCUUGGCGGCGUUCCUUAUAUGUUAUUCAUGAUAACAAAUGUGGAAUUGUUGUAUACGAUGGGUGUGAUUUCCGUCACAGUUGCUAUAACUACCGAGAAACUUUGUGCAAUUUAUAUACAUCGCGAAAUUCGCGCUGCAGUAAAGAAAACGAUUUGUCAACGAAGAAUACAAGUUAUGCCGUUAGGACGCAAUGUUGCUACUAUUCAUGGGUAA